ACUCAGAAGUGCAGUAAUGUUAAAUAUUUUAGCUGCAGCUUUAUUGCUCUUUGAGAUGGGUUUUCUCAGAGUUAUGUUUUUAACAGCAAGUACACAGACUCAUCCAGGAGAGAGAGUCACUAUGUGGUGUUCACACAAUAUCCAUGUUUCUGGAUAUCUGUACUGGUUCAAACAAUCAGACGGUGCUGUACCCAUUACUAUUGUGCACAUGUUAUACACCGAAAGUCUUCAGAAGGUUGAGCCAAAAUAUUUCAACAAUUUCACAAAAGAUCACGUGGUUAUGGAUCUGUUCAUCAAAGUCACCACCCUAACAAUUAAGCAAGUGAAAUUUUCUGAUUCUGGCUUCUACUUUUGUGGAACUACAGAUUAUGAUAUGAAAUUUGGCAAUGGAACCAGGCUUGAAGUAAAAGCAAAUGUUGAAAAACACCACAAUUUAAAUACAAUUGUAAAUCCCACAAUGAUAAAUGACUUGCCAGCUGUUUUCAUAACAGAAAAAAAUUACACAGGAACCUCAAAAAACGAUCAUGAGCAAUCACCCGUGUCUGAGGAGUGUUCUAGAGACAUCUAUUUCAAACUGACCCUUCUAUUUGGUGGAAUAAUUUCUUUUACAUGCAUCGUUUCUCUUAUUUUGGGGAUUAUCAGGGAACACAGAAGACAGAAGCAUAAAAAAGUCGCUGAAUGUCAAGCACAACAGCAUGAUGACAAGGAAAACGAUUCAGUAUAUACUGCUGUGUAUUUCUCAAAGCAAAGAUCCAAAAGAGCAGGACGACAUACUGAGGACCCAAUUGCUGUGUACACUGAUACUACUUGAAAAAUAAAACAAACUCAAACUUAUUAUUAAUUUAUUACCUAUGGUUUAUUUUUAACAGCAAAAUAGUAAACCUGUUUAAAGAAAUGUAAUUAUUGAAGCGAUCAGAGAUCUGUCUUUUCUUUGCAUUGUUGUACAUAAUGGUGAAGUUUAUUAAAAUUGCA